AUGAUCAGAUCAGAAAAGAGUUUAGGAAAAAACGCACGAACUUCCAAAGUGGCGCGAGCGUCGUCGUCGUCGGCGGCGGUGGCGGCGACGCCUCCCAACGCCUAUUACGACGAAUACGACAUUUCCGAAUACGGUGCGGCGAUGGCGGACGACGACGAUCCCAUGAUGAUUGCAGACGACGACGAUGGCAUGAGCAUGCGGUUGCUCUGCGUCACUAUUAAAAAGGCUCGACUUCAAGGCGGCGUCGACGAGUUCAAUUCCUAUGUGACAGUCAAACUGCAAAACGUCAAGUCGACAACAGUGGCGGUUCGCGGAAAUUUGCCUUGCUGGGAACAAGAGUUUAUAUUCGAAACAAAUCGACCUGAUGAGGGAAUGAUACUUGAGUUAUGGGCAAAAGGCGUCCUAUGGGAUAAACUGAUAGGUGUACAUUAUAUGCCAUUAACGGAAGUCAGGUUUAGCAACACCGCUGGAAGUGGUCAGUGGCUUCAAAUGGAUCACGAGCUUGAAACGCGCAAUGGUCAAACCGUCGGCACUCGCGGCCCUACCGGCCACAAUCUUCUCGCCGAUGUUCGUUUCGAGCUACCAUUCGAUGCGCAAGGCGAGGACGGCGAAGAACUGCAGGCCAAGUUACUCGCUUUGAACGGACUCGUUGACAACGACCAACUGGCUGCCAAUCAACACCAACGGGCUCCCUUCAAUCAUUCGGGUCUUAGCGAGGAUAGCGAUUAUACCUCAGACGUCUCCGUUCCGAUUAGCCAUCAGUUACACGCCAAUAGUUCUGCGCAUCAAUACGAAUCACACCUUCAUCCGCAUCGAAAUCGUCACAGUCUUCUGACAACGACGACGACGGCGCGCGACGGCACAGCGAGCUAUGAGGACGAGGAAGACGCUUACCACGCGCGUCACCAACAACACCAGUGCUACGAAGACGACGACUACGACGACGAUUAUCGAGACUACGCACGCGACGACUUAAAAGACGGCACGGUGACUCCAGUUCACGACGAUUACGGCGGCCCGUCAACGACGGACCCCUGUGAACAGGAUUACAGUCGCGACUAUGGUAUAUACCCAUCGACGAGUAAUGAGAGACAAGAGCCAAUUCUGGAGCAUAAUGAACCGGAAUAUGUCUAUCAUGAUGAUCCUGAGACUUUUGGUGAGAAUCCAACCUAUUCCGACGAAUUUCAUGACUUUCGGGAUGAGUACAAACAACAAUAUCCGGGCGAGUUCUGGAAUCAGGAAGCCGAACCGUUGUCCUACAACAGCCGACCUCCGAAUGGGCAGCUCAAGUCAAAUGGCUGGCAAAGCUCAUCGCGCCCCACAUCAUCUACUGCGUGGCCGUAUCAAGAUGACUCACAUCAUUACGAUGAGGUUGAUCGAGGCUCGGGAGGAUCAAGAAUAUUCGCGCGGACGCCCUCAAUCGAUCGUCGCAGUGAUUCAGAGCACGGAUUCGAUGAUUUUGGCAACGCCGAGAGGCGCCCCGAUAGCCGCCCGAAUUGGCGAUACGACUCAAUCCAAGAAGAAGACAACGAGAAAGAAGGCUGGAAGCAGCACGUCGAAGGAUAUCAAAAUCAAGCGGAGCCGCAAUCUAACGACGAGCACGACGAUUUCAACGAGUCGCAGCUUCACGAUCACCAACAACCACAAGCGCGUUUUGAGGAGCCGCCAACGACAACAUUCGCCAAUGACAUCGCACAUCAGACGAUUCAAGAAGAAGAGGAAAAGGAUGAGAAGCGUAAUGUGCAAGAGCUCUGGCAUUGGGCUUAUAAGCAAGUUUGCUCAAAUCUAGGAUUCAAGGAUCUGUUGCCGCAUUCUCCGACGUCGCCGCGGCCGCGAAGUGUAUUUCGUGUCGUUGAAGAAUGGGAGGAUCGCGGAAAUGAGCGCAUCUAUAAGACGAGUCUUGCCAACGUAGUGCUUGAGAAAAUUGCGCCACCGCCAAUUGAAGAUGAUGGCGAAGCUGUCGCCACCACCAGCAAUGCCACCACUCCACUCAUCAAAAAGGUUUCGACUGCAACAUUAGCAAAGCGACGCCCAUCGGAUGAUGAGAAAUCCAAAGAGCCCGACCCAAUGAAGCAGCUUUUAAGCUUCUCGAAAAGCUUCAAGAAGGUCAGAAGAGUGCGAAGUGCAAUGCCAAGACGGCGGAAACGCAAACGCAAAGCGAUCAAACAAUCGAGAAGCUGUCCGGAAUUAUUCCGCACAGAGAAGACGGCAAUUCGACAGAGGAGUAUUUCGCUUCAUGCGAAGGACAAACGAAAACCAAGCGAGAUUACUCUCGAAUUACCCAAACGACUAGGAAAAGGCCCGAAAAAAAUGCACUUAUUGGAUGUGUACGGUUCGAGGGGAAAGAGUACGGUACUUGAUGGGAAUGGCAGUAUGGCAGCGAAUGCUUUCUACAAAUCGAUUGAUGCUGCACCGAACAUGAACGUAGCGAGAACGAAAACGAGCAUUCCACUCGUCUCGGAGCUAGUUUUAAAGACAAUGGCGACUAAACGAGCACAGGCUGGAUUAGCAAAUGCAGCGCGCACCACAUUUGGUGACACCGAUCUGAAAAGUCAUGUGUACCGAAAGACGUUACAAGCAUUGAUUUAUCCUAUCAGCUGCACCACACCUCACAACUUCGCCACCACCAAUUUUCAGACGCCAACAUGGUGUCAUGAAUGUGAAGGUCUUCUUUGGGGUUUGGCUAGGCAAGGUUUACGGUGUACGCAAUGCGGAGUCAAGGUUCACGACAAGUGUAGAGAGCUUUUGAGUGCAGAUUGUUUGCAGAGGGCUGCUGAAAAGAGUUCGAAGCAUGGAGAGGCAGAUAGGACGCAGUCUUUAGUAGCAGUUAUCAAAGAUAGGAUGAAGAUUCAAGAGAAGAACAAGCCUGAGAUCUUCGAGAUGAUUCGAUCGGUGUUUAACGUUGAUGAGAAGGUCCAGCAGGAGACUCUCAAGCAAGUUAAAGCCUCGAUCCUUGAAGGAAGCUCAAAGUGGAGUGCAAAAAUCACAUUGACAGUUCUUUGCGCGCAAGGCUUGAUUGCAAAGGAUAAGAACGGCAAAAGUGACCCGUACGUUACCGCGCAAGUAGGAAAAGUGAAAAGAAGAACAAGAACGAUACACCAGGAGCUCAAUCCAGUGUGGAAUGAAAAAUUCUAUUUUGAGUGUCACAAUUCAACGGAUCGAAUAAAAGUACGAGUAUGGGACGAGGACAACGACUUGAAAUCGAAACUCAGGCAAAAGCUUACAAGGGAAUCGGACGACUUCCUUGGUCAGACUGUUAUAGAAGUCAGAACAUUGUCGGGUGAAAUGGAUGUUUGGUACAAUUUAGAAAAGCGAACCGACAAAUCCGCAGUUUCCGGAGCGAUUAGACUUCACAUUAGCGUAGAGAUCAAAGGAGAAGAGAAAUUGGCACCCUACCAUGUACAGUACACGUGUUUGCACGAGCAUCUGUUCGGCGCGCAUUGUGUAGACGAUGAAGUCAAACUGCCAGAAGCUAAAGGUGAAGACAGCUGGAAGAUCUGCUUCCAGGAGACCGGACAGGAGAUCGCGGACGAGUUCGCGAUGCGCUACGGAAUCGAAGCAAUUUACCAAGCGAUGACCCAUUUCGCGUGUCUUUGCACAAAAUACAUGUGCCCCGGUGUUCCAGCAGUGUUGUCAACGCUAUUGGCAAACAUCAACGCAUAUUACGCACACACCACCGCAACAUCGGCGGUUUCGGCUCCGGAUCGCUUCGCUGCAUCCAAUUUUGGAAAAGAGCGAUUUGUGAAACUUCUUGACCAACUUCACAACAGUCUCCGUAUCGAUUUGUCGAUGUAUCGAAACCAUUUUCCGUCAUCGUCGCCAGCUAAACUACAAGAUCUCAAAUCAACCGUUGAUCUACUAACUUCGAUUACAUUUUUUCGUAUGAAAGUUCUCGAAUUGGCGAGCCCACCGAGAGCAUCGAAUGUUGUUCGCGAGUGCGCGAAAGCGUGCAUGCAGCAGACGUAUCAAUUGAUGUUCGAAAGCUGCUGCGAGCAGGGUGGUCCAUCGGCCGACUCCGUUCGCUUCUGGUUCGAUUUCCUUGAUUACAUGAUGAGAGUGAUCGAAGAUGACAAGCAUAUAUACACGCCUGUGCUCAACCAAUUCCCACAGGAGCUAAAUGUUGGCCAGUUGUCAGCCGAAACUCUGUGGAAAGCAUACAAGAACGACCUCCAAAUAGCCCUCGAGGAACACGCUGAGAAGAAGAAAUGCACAACUCCCGAAUACAUGAAUUUGUACUUCAAAGUCAAAGGAUUUUACUUCAAAUAUGUCGCUGAUAUGCCGCAAUACAAGAAUUCGAUUCCCGAAUUUCCCUCCUGGUUCAUUCCAUUCGUUAUGGAUUGGCUUAAUGAAAAUGACGAGCACUCGAUGGACAUUCUCAGGAACGCGUAUAACCGCGAUAAAUCCGACAAUUUUCCGCAGACAUCGGAGCACACUAAAUUUUCGAACAGCGUCGUCGAUGUGUUCACUCAACUCAAUGAAGCCCUCAAACUUCUCAAACAGAUGGACUGCCCGAAUCCGGAAGUCGCUGAUGACAUGAUGAAGAGAUUCAGCAAAACCCUGAACAAAGUUCUUCUUGCCUACGCGGACAUGGUGCAGAAAGAUUUCCCCAAAUUCGCCGACAACGAGAAACUCGCAUGUAUUCUUAUGAACAAUGUGCAGCAGCUGCGAGUUCAACUCCAGAAGAUCUUUGAGAACAUGGGAGGAGAUGAUUUAGGCGCCAACGCCAAGAAUGUGCUGACCGCGCUGCAAACCAAGCUGAAUUCUGUUCUCGAAAAACUCGCUGUACACUUUGUCUCAACUCUGGAGCCUCACAUUCAUGAGCAGACAAUGAAACUGGGAGUUCUUCUCACGAAGAUCAAAGGACCACAACUCCAAAAGACACAAGUCCAACCGGAAGCCGAUGCCGUUCUUGAACCUCUUAUGGACCUACUUGAAGGAUCAUUGCGAAGAUACGCAGAUCAGUGCGAGAAGACCGUUCUUAAGUACAUCCUCAAAGAACUCUGGAGAAUCACUAUUGUGAGCAUGGAAAAACGAGUCGUUUUGCCGCCAUUAAGCGAAAAAGCACUUCUCAAACAAUUGCCGAAUGCCAAAAUUGGUGAUGUCACAAAGCUGAUGUCGACAAACAUUCAGAAUAUCAAAGGAAUGAGCAGUGUCAAGGACAUGAUGGACAUGGCUCGCGAAUGCGAAAAGUCUCUAACUCCUAAACAAUGUACUGUCCUGGAUUGCGCCUUAGAUGCCAUAAAGGAUAGUUUCCACGCAUCGGGAAAAGGAUUGAAGAAGUCAUUCUUCGAAAAAUCUCCAGAAUUACAAUCGCUCAAGUACGCGCUCAGCUUGUACACACAGACGACGGAACAGCUCAUCAAGACGUUCAUAACAAGUCAGAAGCAACAGGACUUGCCAUCGCAAGAGCAACCAGUAGGAGAAGUCAGUAUCCAGGUAGACUUGUUCAGUCAUCCAGGCACUGGAGAGUCCAAAGUUACCAUCAAAAUUCUCGCUGCAAAUGAUCUACGAUGGCAAACAUCUUCAACGUUCAAGCCAUUUGUUGAAGUUCAUCUGGUUGGACCACAUCUAUCGGAUAAGAAAAGGAAGAUGGCAACCAAAUCGAAAACAGGAAAUUGGGCUCCAAAAUUCAACGAGACUUUCCACUUCUUCUUGGGAAACGAGGGGGAACCGGAACACUACGAGCUGAUGUUUCAAGUCAAAGACUAUUGUUUUGCGCGUGAGGAUCGCAUUGUCGGAGUUGGAGUCCUUCAAUUGGCUACUGUGGUGGAACAAAACGGAUCAUGCGCCAUGUGGGUGCAAUUGGGAACUCGCCUUCAUAUCGACGAGACCGGACUUAUCCUUCUUCGAAUUCUCUCACAACGACAAACUGAUGAAGUGGCCAAGGAAUUCGUUCGUUUAAAGACUGAAUGUCGACACGAGACCGAAACCGUCAUGGCCGCUUCGGCAAGCAGUCAGAAUAUUGCUAGAUAA